GCUGAUGUGUUGUUGAAUCUUGGCAAGAUGUCGGGCCACGAUCAGCUGGUCCACUGUUUGUGUGAAUUAACAAGGCUGCUGUGGAAGCUGCUGCUGCCCCUGGUGUUUCUGUGUGUGCUGCUGAUCGCCGUCCUGGUCCUGCUGGUGCUGGCAGUGCGUCUCUGGCUUCAGAGCAGCAGGAACGCCCGGCGGGCGAGGGACGGCAGUCCCACGGUGGCCUUCUUCCACCCGUACUGCAACGCUGGCGGCGGGGGGGAGAGGGUGCUCUGGUGUGCUAUCAGAGCCCUACAGAACAGGUACGUGGACAUCAACUUUGUGGUGUACACGGGGGACCUGGGUGUAACGGGUCAGCAGAUUCUGGACGGGGCGCGGCGGCGUUUCAACAUCAUGCUCCCCCGGCCGGUCCAGUUCGUGUUCCUGAGGCACCGGCUGCUCGUGGAGCCCGGCCUGUUUCCUCACUUCACCCUGCUGGGACAGAGCGUGGGCUCCAUCUUCCUGGGAUGGGAGGCGCUGACAGAGUUUGUCCCAGACCUUUACAUCGACUCAAUGGGCUACGCGUUCACUCUGCCCCUGUUCCGUUACUUGGGAGGCUGCAGUGUGGGUAGUUAUGUUCACUACCCCACCAUCAGCACGGACAUGCUGUCUGUCGUGAGAGAGAGGAACCCCAGGUUCAACAACCCAGAUUACGUCUCCAACAGUCUGUUCCUGAGCGCCUUCAAGGUGGUCUACUACUGUCUGUUUGCCCUGCUCUACGGCAUGGCCGGAUCCUGCAGCGACCUCAUCAUGGUCAACUCCUCCUGGACCCUCGAUCACAUCCUGUCACUGUGGCGCGCUCCCAACCGCACCAGUGUGGUCUACCCACCCUGUGACGUCAGCGCGUUCCUAGACGUCCCGCUAGAAGAGGACGGGGACAGGAAGUGCCACACUAUCGUUUCCAUAGGGCAGUUCAGGCCGGAGAAGGACCACCGGCUGCAGAUCAGAGCUUUCAGAAAGGUGUUAGACAGGAGGAGGGAGGGGGCUGGGGGAAGGGAGGCACUGAAGCUGGUUCUGAUCGGUGGAUGCAGGAACCAGCAAGACGAGGAUAGGGUGCUCAUGUUGAGGGGGCUGUGCCAGGAGCUGGGUGUGGCCGACAGGGUGGAGUUUAAACUGAAUAUACCCUUCGAGGAGCUGAAGAGAGAGAUGGAAGAAGCCACCGUGGGGCUGCAUACCAUGUGGAACGAACACUUUGGAAUCGGCGUUGUGGAGUGCAUGGCAGCAGGGAAGGUCAUUCUGGCGCACAAGUCUGGCGGCCCCAAGCUGGAUAUUGUAAUACCUUUCGAGGGAGGCCAGACAGGCUUCCUGGCUGAUGACGAGGACAGUUUCGCGGAGGCCAUAGACAGGAUCCUGGCGCUGCCGCCCGCCACCCGGCUGCAGAUCAGACGCAACGCACGUCAGUCUGUGGCUCGCUUCUCAGAUCAGGAGUUUGAAGCCUGCUUCCUCGCCGCCAUGGAGCCUCUGAUGGGAACACUUGAACGAUGAGAGGAAGACUCAUUCUUUGUGUAUGCAUAGUUAACGUGACAGUGGCUGUUUAACACUUUGAGCACCUUUACUUUGAUGCACUUAGGGCUGCAUUUACACUGUAGGACCAGUGACUAAAGGGAUUAUAACUGAUGCACUGAUUAUCACUGAAAGCAUAGAGAUUUGUCCCAAAAGCAGAAAUGAGGCAGUGGACAUUGGAAUCAAUUCAAGACGCCCCCCCAAAAAAUGCAUUAUCACCACAUUCCACUAAGGGAUGUUUCCAGAACACCGCUCAGUGGCUUGUCCUCUCUUUACUGUAUAAAAACCAAGAAAGUUUUGAAUCAUUCUUAAGAAGGUCCGAGUACUGUUUAGAUACAUGGCCCUAUUUCAGACAUGCUUUUAAUCUAAUCCUGUCCAGGCAGCAGUGAAAAUAUCAUCUCUUCUGAGUGAAUCCAGCUGCAGAAAAGCAGGUAGUCCUGUUGGAGUCGUAUCCCUAAAUAUUAGAUUAUCUUGUGAGAUGACCUUUGUUGCAUUUUUACAGCACAUUCCUUUGUCAGUGGUGUCAGUUUAGUAAAAAAGAGACGUAUGGUGGUAAUGGGACUAAAGUUACAAAACAAACAUUUAUUGUUUACAAGAAUUCUCUUCAUGCCUAAAAUGUGAAGUAUUUUUGAUAUCGAUGAUGAAUGUAAUAAACAUGAU